AUGAUUCUGCCUGUGAUCCUGCCCGUGUUGCUGCCCGUUCCUGUGCCAUACUGCCCGUGCCCACCCGUGUCUCCCGUUGCUGCCCGUGUUCUACCCGCGCCCAGUGUCCCCCGUUCUGCCCGUGCUGCCUCUUCUGCCCGUGCUGCUUGUUCUGCCCGUGCUGCCCUGUUGUGCUCGUGUUGCCCCGUUCAGCCCUUGUCAUGCCCCGUUCUUCCUGUGCAGCCCCGUUGUCCCCGUGUUGCCCCGUUCUGCCCGUGUCCUGCCCCGUUCGGCCCGUGUUCUGCCCUGUUCUGCCCGUGUUGCCUCGUUCAGCCCGUGUCCUGCCCCGUUCAGCCCGUGUUCUGCCCUGUUCUGCCCAUGUUGCCCCGUUCUGCCCGUGUCCUGCCCCGUUCUGCCCGUGUUGCCCCGUUCAGCCCGUGUUGCCCCGUUCUGCCCCCCGUGUCCUGCCCCGUUCAGCCCGUGUUCUGCCCUGUUCUGCCCGUGUUGCCCCGUUCAGCCCGUGUCCCGCCCCGUUCUGCCCGAGUUGCCCCAUUCAGCCCGUGUCCUGCCCCGUUCUGCCCAUGUUGCCCUGUUCUGCCCGUGCUGCCCCGUUCUGCCCGUUUGUGCCCUACCCGUGCUGUCCGUACCCGUUCGUGCCCCACCCGGUCUGUGCUGCCCGGUCUCGUGCUGCUCGUCACCCCCGUGCGGCCCGUCCCGUACAGCACCUAG